AUGGUCCCUGCUGCCACGGGCGUGUGGAGCCCCGCCGCCGCGCCCGUCGCGAAGGGCCACAGCAAGGCCGCCGCACGCUCCGUCUGGCUUGGGCUGCCCGCGCUGCCGCCAGUGCCCGGCCUCAGACUCGCGGCGCAGGGCCAGACCCGGGCCGCGUCCUUCUGCAAGCGGCUGGCGAGGAACGUGGUGGCCAUGGCCGCGGGGGAGCCGACCGCGUCGCCUGUGGAUGACAACGAGGAGCUCACCGAGUUCGUCAACGCGUUGAAACAGGAGUGGGACAGGAUCGAGGACAAGUACGCGGUGACCACGCUCGCCGUCGCCGCCACGCUCGGCAUGUGGAGCGCCGGUGGAGUAGUGUCGGCAAUCGAUAAGCUCCCCGUGAUUCCAGGUCUGAUGGAGGCUGUUGGAAUUGGAUACAGUGGGUGGUUCGCGUACCAGAACUUGCUAUUCAAGUCUGACAGGUAA